AUGUGGGAGUUGCACAGACUAGCCUCUGAGGGCUCUGCCCUUUCUAAAUCACGAAACAGUCGUUGUGGGCAAAGCCCCGAGCUGAGGCUCGAGGAAAGUUCAGCGCCCAGAGAUGAGGUCGCGGUGCAUUCCUGGAAUGAGAGCCCACCUGUGCGCUGGGACAAAGAGGCAGAAGAUGCAAUGUCCCGUUUUGCACAUAACAAGUACAUCAGUCUGCCUGCUCUGUUCAGCUGUGGCCAUCCACAAGUUAGAGGCUGGUUUAGUCCAAUUGACAUUAACUGGUGUCAGAAGUGGGACUGGACACAGAACUGGGCCACUGGACUCUCUGGUACCAAUGGGAACAGACUAGGUGCCACCAGAGAUUUAUUUCUCCAGAGUCCAACUGCCACCCUCACCCCCAAUCUGGUUGGUAUCUCCACCUGCUGCAGUAAUCAGGCCAGGGUUGGCCUGUCUGCUGAAACAGUUUACCGAAGUGUGACCAAUGCACAUAGUACAGCCUCUUGGAGCCACAGGACAGACAAUGUCUUGAACUGCUUAUACCCACACCCUGGAGCAGCUUUUAAGCUGAUUUGUUUCCCCUGGGCAGGAAGUGGAUCGACCCAUUUUGCAAAAUGGGGUAAAAGUUUUCAUCAUUCAAUAGAAGUUUCUUCUAUAAGGCUUCCUGGAAGAGAAAGUCGAUUUAAAGAGCCAUUUGCAACAACCAUGGAUCAUGUAGUUGCUGAAAUUUCUAAUGCUUUACUGCCAAUACUCCGGGAUGUUCCGUUUGCAUUUUUUGGUCACAGCAUGGGAUCAUAUGUUGCUUUUAUGACAGCUCUACACUUAAAAAAAAAUUACAAGUUACAACCAGUGCAUUUUUUUGUGUCAAGUGCAACUCCACCACAUGUGAGUAAUAUUUCGGACUCUCAAAAUAUUUCCAGUAUAUCAGAAGAGCAAUUGAUCCCUUUUAUCAUGAGUUUUGGUGGCACUCCCAACGACAUUUUUGAAAACAAAGAAUUUUUGGAAAUAUUUCUUCCUAUUAUAAAAGCAGAUUUUCAAAUGAUAGUGAAUUUCACCUUUGUCCAAUCAUCAGAGACUCUUCUUUCUUGUGACAGUACAUGUUUUUCUGGAACUGAAGAUGUAGCAGAGAAAAUGGAAGACUGGAAGGACCUAACCAGUGGGAGUGUUGAGACUCACAGGCUUCCUGGAAAUCACUUUUAUCUCACUAACCCUUCCAAUGAAACUUUCAUCAUAAACUACAUAACCAGAUGCCUUCAAACGUCAUACUUUGCUUAA